CUUUUUUAUUUCUUUUUUUUAUUUUUUUAUUUAAAUAAUGAUUUAUUAUAUAUAUAAAUAGCAAGGGUAUAAGAGUCUUUUGCCACUUAAUGAAGAAUAUAAAAUAUGAAAAUUGAUACCAUGAAAAUGGUAAACAUAAAAUUUCCCUUUUUAAUGCCUAAACGAAAGAAAAUGGUAAAAGUACUCCUAUUAUUUUAUUGUAAAUAAUUAACUUUCUUUUUUAAUAGAUGAUUGUAUCUUGAGAAAUUAUAAACCAAAAAUAGCUACAAAUAUUUCACUUUUAUAUUAAUUAGGUUUAAACUUCCUAAUAUUAUUUUCACAAAACAAAAUAUUUGCAAGAAAAAUAUCACUUGUGUAUUUUCUUUUAAUUUCUUGAUACAACUUAUCUUUUUAUUAUCCUUAUUACAUCUUGUGAUGCUAACAUAUUUUUUUUAAUUAUGAUGUUGUUGUCGUACAUGAUUAUGUGUGAAUAUCAUGAAUAUGUGUUUAUGUAUAUAAGACAAAAUAUAUAAUAAAUUAAACAGAAAUUUUUAUUAAAAUAAAUCAGUUGUAUAAAUAUCUUUAAAAACGAAUUAUAGUAUCGUACAAAUAUAAGAAAUUAUUUAAUAAAAAUAUUAAAGAAAAAUUAAAUAAGUAAGUUUCAUUUUUUGAAAGUCUAAAUAAAAUAAAAUUGUAAAAGUAAUAUUAUUUUAAUUAUAAAUAACUAACUUUCCUUUUUAAUAGAUAAUGUUUUGUUUAAAAAGAUAUAAACUAAAAAUAACUUCAAAUAUUUCACCCGAUAUGAUUGUGAUAUGUGCCAAUAAAAAAAUUACAUUUUUAAUGUGUCAAUAAAAACCUGCCACUGGAAUUUUGUUUUUCCAAAAUCCUAAAUAAUAGAGAAUUGUAAAAUAGUUUUUUUUUUUAAUCUUAACCAAAUAUUUUUUAAAAAUCCUGACAAAAGAGAAAUGUAAAAUUUUACUUAAUAGUAAUUUUCACUUUUGAAAUUUAAUGAAAAACAUGAUACUAAAAAUGAUUUAAUUGACAAAUAAAAAUUGUUAAAAUAUUAGUAAUAUUGAAAAAACUGAAUUAUGAAAAUAGCAACUUUUAAAAUUAGUUAAUAUUAACUCGAACUAAUUAUUUGAUAGUAAUUUUAUUUUCUAAAUCCUAGACAAAAUAAAAUUUUAAAAGAUUAUGUAAUAUUAAUAUCCUUUUCUAAAAUUCAAAAAACCUGUAAAAGAAUAUUUGAUAGUUUUUUUUUAUUUUAAAUAAUCAUAAACAAAAGAUAUUUGAAUCAUAUUUUUUAAGUCUUAACCAAAAUAAAAUUGUAAAAAGUUAUUUGGUAAUGUAUUUUAAGAGAGAAUUUGAUGAUGAAUAUAAUACUAAAAAUUAAUUAAUUAACAAAAUAAGUGUAAAAAUACUAUUGAUAAAAAUUGUAAAAAUAAUAAUUUAAAAUUACUUAAUAGUAACUUGAAACAAUUAUUUGAUAAUAAUUUUUUUUCUGAAAUUCUAAAUAAAAGAUAAUGGUAAAAGGUUAUAUGAUAGUAAUUUUCAUUUUCUAAAAACCUAAACACAAAAUGUAAAAGAGUAUUUGAUUUUUUAAAAAAAAUCUUAGCACUUUAAAAAAAAAAAUUAUUUAAUAGUAAUUUAAAAAACAAAAUUGAUGACAAGUAUGAUGUUAAAACUAUUUAAUUAACAAAAAUCAGAAAUUAAGAUGUUGUCAUGAUUGGUAUUUAUAUGUCUUGGUCAUACAAAAAUCAAACACAUGUUUGAUAUAUAUUUUCAUUGUUGGGGAUAAGAAAUAGAUUAUUAUUAUUGUCACGGUAAGUGAUCUUUAUACGCGUUUUUCAAAAACAAAUCAAGCUUCAUCGUCAUCUUAUUACCUUUUUGUUUUUUUUUAUGUAAUAUUUUCUGCUUCAAUUUUUAAUUAAAAUGUUAUUAUGGAAAUAAAUCAUUAAGAAAUAAUGAAUUAAGAAAAUUAUGAAACAUCGAUAAGUUUAGUGAAAUAUUAAAUUAGUACAUUAAAAGGUUUAUAAUGUUGUCAUUGACUCGACUGGUCUUAUUUAACUUUCAAUUUUUCUUUUUCGUUCCAAUUCUUACUUUGGGUUGGGUUCGGUUUUAAUUUAUAGGUACGAGUAUUUUUUCUACCCCUAAGUAUAAAAUUAAUAACAAUUCACAUAUGCACAAUGAUUAUAUAAUAAAAAUAUUCAUUUGUAAUUUUUGUGUAAAUACGAGUUUUUAAUUAUAAAAUAAGUCUCACAAAACAUAUGCAAAAACAAUCCGAAAAGUACAAUAAAAUUAUUUGUUAUUUUUAUUUUCUUUAAUAAGUUAAAACAUAAAAAAAACUCGUUGCAACGCACAGACUCGUAUCUAGUUGUUCAAAUAAACUUUCAUCUCAUUAUCUUUGGGUUAUAGGAAAACCCAACAACCAUCUCAUAAAAUUAGUUGUAUCUCACUUGACCAACUUCUCAAAACCCUUGUGGCACAAGAAAACUAAAACCCUACAAUGCUAUCUUUUCUCAAAUUUAUAUAUCUCUUUCAAGUCCCACCCAAUUUCUCCCACUCCUUACCUCUCACUAACAUUUUAACAUUUUCUGAAAAAAAAAAGUUUAGCAAAAGGGUCUCUAGAGAACAGGAGAAGUAUGAAACUCCUCCUUGUGAUAUGUAUCGUCCAUGCCAUCUUUAUUCCCUGCUUCUCUUUUGAUGUAUCAGGAAUGGAUCUUCCUUUAACCCUAGAUUAUUACAAGUCUACUUGCCCGACGGUAUUUGAUGUCAUCAGAAAAGAAAUGGAAUGCAUAGUGAAGGAAGAUCCAAGAAAUGCAGCCAUAAUUAUUCGUUUACACUUCCACGACUGCUUUGUCCAAGGAUGCGAUGGAUCUGUGUUACUAGACGAAACAGAGUCAUUGAAGGGAGAGAAGAAAGCUUCUCCCAACAUAAACUCACUGAAAGGAUACAAAAUCAUAGACAGGAUCAAGAACAUAAUCGAAUCCGAAUGUCCUGGAGUUGUUUCGUGCGCCGAUCUUCUCACAAUUUCUGCUAGAGAUGCUACAAUCCUGGUUGGUGGGCCUUACUGGGACGUUCCUGUGGGGAGAAAAGAUUCAAAGACAGCAAGCUACGCGCUUGCCACAACGAAUCUUCCAACUCCUGACGAGGGUUUAAUCAGCAUCAUCGCUAAAUUCUACUAUCAGGGUCUCUCUGUUGAAGACAUGGUCGCUCUUAUCGGAGCUCACACGAUAGGGAUGGCACAAUGUCGGAACUUCCGGUCGCGGAUCUAUGGAGAUUUUAGGGUAACGACAGCACUAAACCCCGUAUCAGCGACGUAUCUGGCGAGACUCCAAGAGAUUUGUCCCGAGAGCAGCGGAGAAGGUGAUAGAAACGUGACGGCCAUGGACAAUGUGACGCCGAAUCUCUUUGACAACUCCAUCUACCACACGCUCUUGAGAGGAGAAGGGUUGCUGAGUUCUGACCAGGCGAUGUACACGAGCAUGUUCGGUAUACAGACACGGCGGAUAGUGAGCAAGUACGCGGAAAAUCCGGUGGCUUUCUUCGAGCAAUUCUCCAAGUCGAUGGUAAAGAUGGGGAACAUUUUGAACUCCAAGAGCUUGGUCGAUGGAGAAGUUCGAAGAAACUGCAGAUUCGUUAAUACAUGAAAACAUCCAUUUAACAAAACUAUUUUCUCUGUGUUAAAAAA